AUGCCCAUCAUUGGCGAAUACGCGGGAUAUCAGAACGAUCCGAUCCGUACACAAAAACGAAUUUUACGUGACGUGUUCCAUGCUGGGGAUCGAUACUUCAACACUGGCGACUUACUACGACUGGAUCGCAACUAUCACAUGUAUUUCGUGGAUCGUUUAGGAGACACGUUCAGGUGGAAAGGGGAAAACGUUGCCACUACAGAGGUUAUGGAACGGAUUGCUGUAUUUCCUGGAAUAAGCGAAGUGUUGGUAUAUGGUGUAAAAGUUGAAGGACACGACGGAAGAGCUGGUAUGGCAGCUAUUGUGCUUAAGCCCGACUCCGAGCUGGACUGCAAAGGGUUUUAUAAGUACCUUACUACUUAUCUGCCGAAGUACGCGUGUCCAUUGUUCCUCAGAAUCGAACCAUCGCUAGCAAUUACCGGAAGUUACAAGUACAAGAAGUCCGAUUUAGCCAAAGAAGGAUUCAAUCCAACCACGAUUAAAAGUCCUUUGUAUUAUAUGGACAUCAGCCAAGGAGAAUAUCUCCCAUUGGUAUUCGAAACCUAUUCAAAAAUCAUGAUUGGAAAUGCAAAAUUAUAA